AGACUGCGGAAAGUCGGGGCUGAGAGCUUGGGGAUCUAUCACUAGCUAAGCUGGGGAUCCUAUCACCUGAACUCACGAAUGACAUCCCUGCUGGCUCUCUGCAGACGUGACUGAGUGGUUCAGGGCCCGCUGUCCCCAACCCGGAUCGUCCACCACCAACGUCCCCGGAUGCAGUGCAGCCCGCUCCUGCCCCUUCAGCAUUAACCCCCUAAGGACCUCAAAUCCCCGCUGUGCCUUAGGCAGCAUCAUUGAAAAACCCAGGCGGCCACAUGCUGCGCCGCCACUGCGCGGGAUGUGCGAGGAUGGCUUCGCGAGGUCAACGCUAAGGGAGCCCACGCUACCCGCGGAAACCGUGAUGCGGUACGCGAUCGUUGAGUGCCUUGCAAAGGAAACUCUUAAAGUACCAAGAGAGCCUGUUCCUAUGAAGCCCUGAAGCCGUAAGGAAUGCUGUUGUAAAAAAGAUUAAUAAUACGAUGAGGGGUUGCCACAUCUGCAAACUUCCGGGAAGAGUCAUGGGGAUCCGUGUGCUCCGGUUCUCCCUGGUGAUCAUCCUUGUGUUGCUGCUAGUAGCUGGAGCUUUGACCAACUUACUCCCCAACAUCAAAGAAGACAAGAUGCUCACUGUGCGUAGGGAAAUCAAAUCCCAGAGCAAGUCGACCCUGGAUUCGUUCACUCUCAUCAUGCAGACGUACAACAGAACAGACCUCUUAUUAAGACUCUUAAAUCAUUAUCAGGCAGUACCGAAUCUGCACAAAGUGAUCGUGGUGUGGAACAAUGUGGGAGAGAAGGGACCAGAGGAGUUGUGGAAUUCUCUAGGGCCUCACCCCAUCCCUGUCCUCUUCAAACCACAAACGGCAAACAAAAUGAGAAAUCGACUCCAGGUCUUCCCUGAGGUGGAGACCAACGCGGUGUUAAUGGUAGACGAUGACGUGCUCAUUAGCGCCCAGGACCUUGUUUUCGCUUUCUCAAUCUGGCAGCAAUUUCCUGAUCAGAUCGUAGGAUUUGUACCUAGAAAACACGUCUCUACUUCCUCCGGCAUCUACAGUUACGGAGGCUUUGAGCUGCAGACUCCUGGGCUUGGGAACGGCGACCAGUACUCCAUGGUGCUCAUCGGAGCCUCCUUCUUCCACAGCAAAUACCUGGACCUCUUCCAGAAACAGCCUGCAGCCGUCCACACGCUGAUCGACGAGACCCAAAACUGUGACGAUAUCGCCAUGAACUUCAUCGUCACCAAGCACACUGGCAAGUCUUCAGGGAUAUUCGUGAAACCUAUAAACAUCAUCAAUUUGGAGAAAGAAACCAAUGGGUAUUCAGGAAUGUGGCAUCGGGCAGAGCACUUCCUGCAGAGAUCCUACUGUCUGAAUAAGCUUGUUAACAUCUACGGUGGCAUGCCCUUGAAGUACUCCAACAUUAUGAUUUCCCAGUUUGGCUUUCCAUAUGCCAACCACAAAAGUAAGAUGUGAACCAGAAACAAACAAACCCAAAACACCUCUUGGUUUUCAGUGGCUUCUCCAUGCUGUGUGUUCUUUUGCUUUUUUUUUUUUUUUAAAGCAACACCGUGAACUUUUAUCUAGUCCACAAGUCUGUAUAAUAGGAAAAAAAAUAUGCAGUACUUCUCAAGUAUAAAACACAUGGACUUCAAAAGCCAAAAAGCCGACCUUACCAGAUAGUAUUUCUUGUAAAGAGCUUUUGUCCAAGGCUGUAAUUCCUUGGCGGUAAUAUUAUUGUUUACAUCUUGAGGCUGCUUUUGUUGAGCCCUGGCAUUUGCCUUAAGGACCUACAGCGAGCUGCUUCCAGAGACUCAAAAGAGACAAUUUUCAGCUUUUCAGUGAAGGUUGAUUGUUUUUAUUUGAAGCCUGAAAUGCCUGCAGUAUAGGGAAAAGCCAUGUGAGGAGAGUUUAGUCUGAACCCAGUGUUGAGAAUCAGGAACAUUCCUGGUUGCCAGUGUCCUUUCUGGCCCCUCUAAGCAGAAUUGACUGAGCCCAGCAUGGUUUGGACAAAGCCGUCAGUGCUGGUGUUUUUGCUGUUAUGCCUGUCGUGACUGGGAGUGUUAAGUUUUCAUGGCUGACUAUUGUUUAAUUGUUUGGGGUUUUGUUUGUUUGUUUGUUUGUUUGUUUGUUUUCGUGAACCUACUCUGCAUGGAUCACUAAAAUGUGCCCGCCAUGUUUCUUAGAUGCAACCUAUAUGCAACAAGGAGUCAGUGUGUUCCUGUAACCUGUCACCGUGUGUGACAUUGAGAAUCGACAUUAGUUCUUAUAUUUUCCAGAAUGUGUUGAAUAAAUAUGUAUAAAUAACUUCUGAAAGAGCGGUUAAAUAGAAGCUAGCAGAAAUUUAAAGACAUAGUAUCAAAGAUCUUUAUUAUUAAAGCAGAGGCUAUCUUGUGAGUAUUA